UAAACACUAUGGAAGGGGAAUGUCAAGAUUUUAAUGAUCCUAGGUGUCAUUCUUCAAAAACAAUUAUUGUUUCAGAAACUGUUUUGACUGGGCCUAUCUCAUCUUUACCCUCUCUGGGGAAUGGGAAUGAAAUGACACCUGGAUCAGUUACACAGCCAAAGAAAAUAAGAGGAAUUGGAUUUGGAGAUAUUUUUAAAGAAGGCUCUGUGAAACUUAGGACAAGAACAUCCAGUACUGAAACAGAAGAGAAAAAAACAGAAAAGCCCUUAAUCAUGCAGUCAGUAGGAUCCAAAAUUCAGAGUGUGGAGACAACAAAAACAGACACUGAAGCUAAGGAAUAUUGUAGAACAUUAUUUGCCUAUGAAGGUACUAAUGAAGAUGAACUUACUUUUAGAGAGGGAGAGAUAAUCCACUUAAUCAGUAAGGAUACUGGAGAAGCUGGUUGGUGGAAGGGUGAACUUAAUGGUAAAGAAGGAGUAUUUCCAGAUAAUUUUGCUGUUCAGAUAAAUGAACUGGAUAAGGACUUUCCAAAACCAAAGAAACCACCACCUCCUGCUAAGGGUCCAGCUCCAAAGCCUGAGCCAAUAGCUUCAGAGAAGAAAUAUUUACCUAUGAAGCCUGAAGAAAAAGAUGAAAAAUCAGUGCUGGAACAAAAACCUUUUAAGCCAGCUGCUCCACAAGUCCCACCCAAGAAGCCUACUCCACCCACCAAAGCCAAUAAUUUAUUGAGAUCUCCCGGAACAGUGUACCCAAAGCGACCUGAAAAGCCAGUUCCUCCACCACCUCCUGUAGCCAAGAUUAAUGGGGAAGUUUCUACUAUUUCAUCAAAAUUUGAAACUGAAUCACUAUCAAAACCAAAGCUAGAUUCUGAACAGUUACCACUUAGACCAAAAUCAGUAGACCUAGAUUCACUGACAAUUAGGAGCACCAAAGAGACAGAUCUUGUAAAUUUUGAUGACAUAGCUUCCUCAGAAAACUUGUUACAUCUCACUGCAAAUAGACCGAAGAUGCCAGGAAGAAGGUUGCCUGGCCGCUUCAAUGGUGGACAGUCUCCAACUCAAAGCCCAGAAAAAAUAUUGAAGUUACCAAAAGAAGACGACAGUGCCAACUUAAAGCCAUCAGAGUAUAAAAAGGAUUCCUACCCUGCAAAGUCAUCUUCAUACCUUUCAACACCUUCAAGUGCUUCUAAACCAAAUGUGGCUGCUUUGGUAACUCCAUUAGACAUCAAAGCUAAGGUAGAAACAGAUGAUGGGAAAAAAAAUUCCCUGGAUGAACUUAGAGCUCAGGUUGCUGAAUUGCUGUGCAUCGUAGAAGCACUGAAAAAGGAUCAUGGGAGAGAACUGGAAAAACUACGAAAAGAUUUGGAAGAAGAAAAGGCAAUGAGAAGCAAUCUAGAGGUGGAAAUAGAAAGGCUGAAAAAAGUAGUUCUGUAUUCUUGAAGAUCAUAGAACCAGUGUUUUUAACGUUCGAGGGACUCAAGCAACACUAUGAACUUCAACUGACUUGUUACUUAAAAUAACAAAUGCUGAUGUCAUGAUAAAGAAAUGAGUGUAUGAAUUAUAAUACCUAUAGAAAAGUGGAGGGUGAAUGUUCUUUAUAUAUUUUAUUUUGCCAAUAUGAAGAAAAUGAGGCCUUAUUCCUUAUGUGCUGGAAUUGCAAACUUUCUCUUUUUUUUUGUUUGCUUGAAAAUACUACUGAAUCUGUAUAAAAAGGAAAGUUCACAAUAGUUUUUUUUAUUGAGACAUGUAUUAUUUUUAAAGAGAUCUAUACUAUAAAUAUGGUGAUAUCUUCACAAAUAAUCUGUAAA